UACAAGAACGCCUGGGGUCUUCGAGUGAUAUGCAAAUGCAAUCCAAACUGAUGGCUUUGAUUAGAUUCUAUCUUAUUUCUUCCCGAGUAAUUUGCAGGAGGCCGUAAGGGCAUUGUUAUUUUGAUAUUUCAGCUGUUGUCUCAUCACCAGGGCGCCAAAUUUGUUGAGAAGCAUCUGCCUUAAUUUUCCUUCAGGGUAGUUUCGAUUCACUAUUUGCAUUUCGCAAUAAUCAAAGUUGAGCAAGCUUAAACAACUUGUCGAGAUGUCCUCUCCCAGUUCCCAAGCGAUAGCCAGGCACAAAUUCACGUACCCUAUCGGCGACACAUACGAUGGGGAGUGGAAUAACGAUGGCAGAAAACACGGGAUUGGCGAUCUUACUUUAGUCGACGGAACGAAAUAUACUGGACAAUUUCAAAACGGGUUCUGCCAUGGACACGGUGUUGCAAAGUUCCCUGACGGUUCCCUGUACGAGGGCGAAUUUGAAAACGGAAAAUACCACGGCUUUGGAGCUUUCGCGCGCAGUGAUGGGAUGCGCUUUGAAGGCAGGUUUCAAAGUGGAAGAGUCGAUGGCGAGGGUCGAAUUACUUUCCCAGACGGUAGUCAUGGAAGACCGCGACAAGAAGGCUAUUUCAUGGGAACUGAACUUGUAGAAAGACAUCGAGUGAAUGACUCAGUUCUCAAAGCACAACAGGCCGCUAAAAUCGCUCGAAAGAUAACGAUUUGAGAAAGGAAUAAUUCCAAGUAACUAGUUAAAAUAAGUUUUAGUUCUUUCAAUUUUUCUUCUGCAGCAAAACAUGUAAUAGUGACAAAGUCAACUGAGGCAUAUUAUACUCCUACUAAAGUAUUUUCUCAGACGGGAAGCUCUACGUUAAAUGAAAGUUUAUAUAAAAAAAAUUGAGCAAGAUUUCCGUAUAACCCCAUACUUCAUUAUGCAUUCAAUUCUUGGAUAAAGGAAA